AUGGCAGACAGCGGUGCAUCUCGCGAGAAGGUAGAUACCCUCGAGGUUGAAGAUGGAGGGCAUCAUGACCACCAGCACCACCAUCACAUCCUGCACCAUGGGAGCACCAAACAAGACGAGGAAAUUGGCCGCAUCGAUGCUAUAGCCCUUGCGCCAGGGACUACCUUUCAGUCAUUUGCGCAUCUCGACGAGAAGAAGAUCCUCAGAAAGGCACGUCUACCCAAUUCAUACGCUAUGGACAUCCGCCUCAUUCCCAUGCUUGCUGUCCUCUACCUCCUCUCCUUCCUCGACCGUGGCAAUAUCGGCAAUGCAAAGAUCGAGGGCCUUCAGGAAGACCUCGGAAUGCAACCAGCUCAGUACAACUGGUGCUUGACCGUCUUCUUCUUCACGUACGCAGCGUUCGAGGUACCAAGCAACCUGCUUCUCAAGAAGCUCCGUCCCAGCCGCUGGCUCCCAUUCAUCAUGGUCGCCUGGGGCACCGUCAUGACCUUGAUGGGCAUCGUAAAGAACUACCACGGCCUGCUGAUUGCCCGUAUCUUUUUGGGCGUCACGGAAGCUGGCCUCUUUCCCGGCGUAGCGUACUACCUAACCAUGUGGUACUGCCGCCACGAGAUCCAAUUCCGACAGGCGCUCUUCUUCUCGGCCGCCUCGAUCGCCGGUGCCUUCAGCGGUCUCCUCGCCUUUGCCAUCUCCAAGAUGAACGGCAUCGGCGGCCUCGAAGGCUGGCGCUGGAUCUUCAUCCUCGAGGGCAUCGUCACGGUCGUCGUCGCGGUCGCGUCCUUCUUCCUGCUGCACGACUUCCCCGAGACCGCCAAGUUCCUGACGGAGGAGGAGCGCGCCUUUGUCGUCUUCCGCCUCAAGUACCAGGGCCAAGUCACCCUGCAGCAGAGCUCCGACGCAAAUAAUGCGUCGUCGGGAAGCCCGACCUUGGGACCGGCGCAGGCCGAAGAGUUCAAGUGGAAGUACGUCCGGGACGCGUUCACCGACUGGCAGAUCUGGGCCAGCAUCCUCGUGUUUUGGGGUAUCGUCUGCCCGCUCUACGGCAUCAGCCUCUUCCUGCCAACUAUCAUCAAAAACCUCGGGUACACAUCCAGCAAGGCCCAGCUGAUGACGGUGCCGAUUUAUAUCACUGCCGCAAUCCUUGCUGUGAUCGUUGCUUACUUCUCCGAUCGAGUGGGCAAACGAAGCCCGUUCAUCGUCCCAUUCCUAUUCAUGAUGCUGGUCGGCUUCAUCAUGUGCAUCUCUAGCACGAAUCCCCACGUCGUGUAUGGCGGCGUCUUCAUCGCGGCAUGUGCCAUCUACCCGGCCUUCCCGGGCUUGAUCGCAUGGCUCUCGAACAAUCUCGCUGGAAGCUACAAGCGAAGCGCGGGUAUGGCUCUCCAGAUCGGUGUGGGCAACCUCGGCGGUGCGAUGGCAUCCAACUUUUACCGCCAGGCAGAUUCACCCCGCUACAUCCUCGGACACGGGCUCGAGAUCGGGUUCGUGGUCUUGGGCAUCUUUGGCGCCCUUGUCAUGAUCUGGGGCUAUGCUAGGCAGAACAAGAAGAGGUCGAGACUCAUGGCGGAGGGCAUCGAGGGCAGGUGGACAAAUGAGGAACUCUCGGCUGCUGGAGACAGGGCUGUGACCUUCAGGUACAUGUACUGA